GUGGCUGACGCUCGUUUGCAAUCGAACCGUUCAGUGCAGCUACAACGCUUGCAAAGCUAUUGCGCUCAUUUACUAUCAUUUUGUCACUCGCUGUCGUUCAUUCAAGCCACUGUCAUUAUGUUCAUGGACCCUUCUUCUCGUGUGCCCCACGUCUUCGUAAUCCCCCCCGAAGAAGAGCACUCCCAAAAUCCUCCUUGGUGCUGUUUCGAUGCAGACCUGCCUCCAGAAAAUAGCACAUCUAUCGAGGUCACCUCUGCUAACCAACCUGACAUCUUAUUCGAUGUACCCUUCUUGCUGCACCAGCCAGAACCAGCUCCCUCCUUUCCCCAUGAGCAGCCUGGUGCAAGCUCGGUGAUUAUCCCACAGUCCAGGAGUUCUACAUCUAGCUCUACGAGCGAGAAGCGUCAGCGCCCGCAGCAUAUCACUAUCUCUGCCAUGCGCAAUAAUGACCACGUCCGCGCUGUCCAGCAUGAUGUGCGAGAUGACUCAGACGUGAUUGAGGUCGUCAAGGUCAGGCGUUCAAAGGACUACAAAUACAAUCACGCAGAUCACGUCCCAGAGCCACAGUUAAAGCGUUCAAAGACUUUUCGCGCUCGUGCAUCCCGCGCUUUCCAAUCCAUAAAGAAUGUCUCUCUCCCCCGUAGCAAGCAAACGAACACCAAACCACAUGUCAAGGAUCUUUGGACAUCCACUGAGAGCAUGCCAGGCAUAUUCAGAGGUGUUUUGCAUUCCAAAGAGGAUGUGCCACCAACGCCUAGUCGCAAGCUGUCGACUCUUUUCCAGAAACAGCUGUCCUCCUACUCAUCGGAGGGUAUCCUCCCAAGUUCGACAACUACGUCAUUGCCUUAUCUCAAGGGCUCUGAUACCACUCCCUCCAUCGCUGAAAUUCGGCCUUCAUAUGAGUUCAUUGAGCGCCCCCUCACUCCUUGUGCACCCACGUACGACCAUAGUCUUCGUCGUCCAGUUUCUUCAGCCGACUUUCAACGCGCUUCCUCACCCGAGUCCAAGUUCAGCAAGGAUCUGAAGCGACCUAUCUCAUCUCAGGAUCUUCAGCGUCCAGAGAAAGACUUACGUCCUGUGUCUUCAGAUGAUUUCCAGCAAGAUGAGCGCCCGGGGUCGCCCAACCCCUCCACCCGAAGAUCGCGCAAACGUUUUUCCGUUAAUGAGCUGCACCGCCUUUUCUCCUUCUCUCCAGAACCUCCCUCUUCUUCCACAUUCCCUUCCACAACCACGUCCGCCUCGAUCUCGAGUACACACUCUUACUCCGAUGUACCAUACGCUGCGGUGCAUUUUGUUGAUGAUGAUUACGGAAGGGAGGUCGAGGGCAAGUACGGUCGCAAUCUCGACCUACUUGAUGGUGAUGACGGCGAGCUGCCCCCACCAUCGCAGCCAAGUGAUAUCAGUUUCGAGUUGCGUCUCGACAGCUUGCACUUUGAGUCACUUUCGUUCGAUCCCGAGGACUUUGACGUGAGCAUGAACUUGGGAACCACAGGACUAGGUAUCUCACGGCGGUGAUCUCCGCUUUUUCAUAUGCUGUGAGUAUGGCGAUUGUCGAGGUUUUUUCUGCGGAAUACAUAUUAGUAGGCUGGGCCUCGUGAGUUUCAUUGUCUAUUUCAUCAUGAUAUUUAUCAGUGCUUCAUUUCAUGACCUGUACGAUACCGAUCCAGUCAUCUACAAAAGAACCAACUCUCUAUACCGACCUCGAACAUUCUAGUAUAUUGCACGCUUCUUGGGCUCGCACUUGAUGUCUUCAAACUGUUCUUACAUUAUUACUCGUCUAUAGGUUGACUGGCUAUACCAAGUUAGUGCUAUUCAUAGCAUGUGACCGUGACGUGAUAGCGUGACAAUAAUAGAAUUACACGA